UAUCUGUGUGUGUGUGUGUGUGUGUGUGUAUGUGUCUCUGCGAGUGUGGAUGUGUGUGUGUAUUUCCCAACUCAGAAACCGGGCAGGGCGGGUUCAGCCCACUGGCCUCCGCAGCUCUUUCCAGGGCCUCCACCUGGGCUGGUCAAACAGGUUUGGGAGUCCAAAGGACAGAAAGCUGGAAAAUCCAAGUUGCGCACUUGACAAACUUGCGGAAGGGCCGCCCGGAUGGGGAGUUCCUGGCAUCUACAGCCGCUCUGCUUUACUCCCCCUGCCCUCCCCUCUCCCCGCACAGGGUGAGCAAGCGAGUGUGCCAGGCGUGGGAGAGGAGGACCACGUAAAGGACCCAGGAUUUCUUCUCUCCGUCUCCCUGGGCAAGAACCGCCCACAGCACAUCGCGAGAUUUCCAUGGUCCCUUUCCCCUGAUUGUCCUCCUGUGCUGGGGAAGAAGGAAUGGAGACUGCAAAGAUUUAGCAGGGGUGAGGGAAAAAAGCUCGGCAGAUACGGAACAAACUUUUUCUGAAACAGUUUGAAGAUGUCGGCCGUUGCGCCUUCGGAAGACGUGGCCAUGGUGCCCCUGGGGAAGGACACGUCCCCUGCUGCCCAGCUCACCCAAACUCACACCCAGGAGCCGAGUUCAGAGGAUACCGAGGCAACUUUACCCUGGGACCGAGCCCAACAUGACACAGUGGGUGAGAUGCCCGGGGUUUUGGAGACGGACACCCGGCCGAGCCCUGAAGGGAGCAUGAAGGCAGCCAUGGACCAUCAGGCUUUCCUGAAGCCUCUGGAGGACGAGGAGUGCAGUGGCAUGUCUGCCGUGGCGGCCCACGCCUUCGUCCCCAUCGACCCGCUCUGCAUCGAACGCCGCCCCAGGAGCCACAAGAAGCAGCCAUGGCAGCUGGACGUGCCACUGCAGGAUAGGGCACCGUACCAGGAGGAGAAGGCCGACCCUGAACAGCAGACCUUCCUCGCCCGAGACUACUCGGCCUGUUCGCACGACCUCCCCGAUCCUGCUGGGGAGCCGUCACAGACUCAUUGUUGCCGGACAAAAGGUUGCUGCAACUCGGCCAACCUCAAAGCCGUGGCUUCCAUGACUACGGCCCUGAUCGUCUUCCCGGGCUUGGUCUACAGCGCUUACGUCUUCCUGCCCUUCGACGUGCCCGUCAUGGAGAGCAUGAGCGCCCGGCUGGUGUACACGCUGCGCUGCGGGGCAUUUGCCACUUUCCCCAUCAUUUUAGGGAUGAUGGUUUACGGGGUGUCCCGCCUUUGUGCCUCCUCCCUGCAGCCUUUUGAGGAGCUGAGCCGGGAGGUGGAGAUCCAUCGGCAUUUCGUCUCCCAGUCAGUUGACCUCUUCAUUCUUUACUUCUUCAACAUCGCUGUCCUUUCCACCUACCUGUCCCAGGAAGGGCUCAAGCUGAUCCCGCUGCUGACGGGCCUUUUUGCCAUCUCACGGCUUCUCUACUGGCUGGCAUACGCCAUGGGCCGUUCGUUCCGAGGCUUUGGAUUCGGCCUGACCUUCCUCCCCCUGGUCGCCAUGUUGCUCUUCAACCUGUACAGCAUGUUUCUGCUGGACACGGAGAACAUGUUUGCUGUGCGGAAUCCCAAGGCGGCUACCCCGUUUCAGAAGAAGGAGCUGGAUGUCGCCAGGUCCUGGUACUGGGGGUGAAGCUGGGAAGAGCCUCAAGCCAAGAAAUGUCCCAGUCUUCUUUCUGAACCGCUGCUGGGCUCAUUUCCACCCUUGUCCGACUGUUUAAUUGGGAGGAGCCCUGAGUCCAUGUACUCUCACCCUGCCUGUCCAAACCAGUGAAAGCAACCUAGUUGAGAAAACUGGCCAACGUCAGCUCCUCAACUCCUUGGAAAGAAGCCCAUCUCUGCUCUGCACCAUUGGAGCCUCGGUCAGCUUAUUUAGAAGUCCUUUCUGACCUUCACCUGGGUGCCUUCCUACCACUUGAAGGCAUCCUUUGUUCUUGGAAGGAACGAACCCAAGUCUGGACCUUCUUCUGCCUUUAGAAACGGAAGGUGGGCUGGCACAUUCCCUAUCCCCUUCAAUAUUGUUCAUGAAAUUCAAUACGUCCCUCAAUCGAAGGUGAGAAUUAGGGGAGACAUGAUGGCUGCCUUCCAGUAUUUGAGGGGGUUAUCACAAAGAAGAGGGGUGUUGAUUUAUUCU